UUUCUCUAUACUUACGGACCACUAGGCAUGGCUUUGGUACGAAGCGGCUUCACGGAACAGGGUCUUGACCACUAAGGAUCCUUGAAGACAAUGAAACCUCUCAGCUGAUUUCUGAAGCAAAUUCAUUGGCCUGGAAGAGAGACAACCGUGCCAUGUUCAUUUAUCAUUAUGGAUCUUCAUCCGACAUGGUGCUUGCAGCUUCCGUGUCCUUUUUGGCCUAUCAAAUUUCUCUUUUAACUAAUGGAGUAUAGCCUUGUUCAACAGGGUGCAAUAUCGCCUGGAUAAAUUUGACUGUCAGUCACCUUGGAUACAGGUAGCAUCUGACAGUGUCAAGUAUAAAAAUAAGUCCUUUAGUCGUUGCAGCAACCCAAACUGACCGUCCCCUCUCCCCUCUUGCUUCUGACUCAGAGCAAGCCUAAGCGGAAAAUGGUGAAGAAUCUCUAGCCAGUUACCAUUCUGUCUGGAUUCCUUGUACAUCUCGUGAAUUUAUAACAUGUUUUUGUUGCUCAGAUUUGUAUAUGUGUUAACGAGUAGACAGGAGAGCGGAAAGACAACGCUCUUGAAGCACAUACGCCAAUCGAAUAAUCAUGGCCUCAAGAUCGCAGUUAUUGUCAAUGAUAUGGCGGAGGUCAAUGUGGACGGCGCCCAUGUGGCGCGUGUCUCUGAAAAACAAGACAAAGGCAACCUCGUGCAAAUGCAGAACGGAUGUAUCUGCUGUACUUUGCGAGGGGUCUUCCUUGUCGAGCUUGCCAACAUGGCUUUGGGAAACAAAUUCGAUUACGUCCUGAUUGAGAGCAGCGGGAUCAGCGAACCUCAGCAAGUAGCUGAGACUUUUACUGCCGCGCUCACUGCUCAGAUGCUGGAUAUCCCUGAAGAAAUCCCGUUGGAGGAUAAAAGAAUUAUAAAGAAAAUUGCUAGAGAAGGCAGACUUGAAAAGAUCGCUAAGAUUGAUACCAUGGUCACCGUUGUCGACGCUUUCCGGUACUUCGCUGAGUUCAACACUGGAGAGUUUCUUACGGACCGCUAUGAUCGCGAAAAAGUGCCACCAGAAGAUGAGAGAACCAUUUCUGAUCUAAUGGCCGAUCAGAUUGAGUUCGCCAACGUCAUCAUUAUCAACAAGAUCGACAUGGUUGAUGCUGAGACUUUGAGGCGUGUGCGUACUACCAUUGCAACACUUAACCCAAAGGCCAAGGUAUUGGAGGCAACGCACACGAAGGUUGACGUAAAGGAGAUUGUGGGUACAAACAUGUUCAACUUCGAGGAGGCCCAGAUCAUGUCUGGAUGGCUGGCAAGUCUCCAUGAAAUGAGCGUGAUUGAUUUCAACGGUAAGAAGGUCAAAGAACCAAAGCCGGAGGCAUUGGAGUAUGGGAUCAAUAGCUUUGUCUAUUGUGCUCGCAAGCCGUUUGAUCCCAUGAAGCUCUACAAAGCUCUUGCUGGGAAAUUUGUCCUUAUCCAGCCCGAAGAGGAAGAAGACGAGGAUGAAAACGGCGAACUUGAAGAAAUGGAGAAUGAGGAGGGUGAGGAGGAGGAAGAAGAAGAAGAGGAGGAGGAGGAGGAAUGUGGAGAAGAAGUCGAAACCAUUACAGAGGUCGAUGACCUAAUGCCAGAGCGUAAAGAUUCCAAGGGCCAGGAGAUGGCCGAUGAGAUGGAAGAAUACCUCAAGAAUGUCUCAUCUGACCCAAAAGCCAUCAUUGCAAACAAGGCCAAAGAUCCUGUCCUUGGGCCACUCCUCAGGUCAAAAGGUUGGCUAUGGUUCGCGACGCGGCCCCGCGAGGCUGGUUCAUGGAAUACCUCAGGUGCCAUGCUUCGUGUUGAGGCGAAGCAGGUCUGGUACUGCGAACAGGACGAGGAGGAAUGGGGAGCAGGCGAAGAGAUCAAGGCACUCGUUCGGAAAGACUUUGAGGGCGACUGGGGCGAUCGGAGACAGGAGAUUGUCUUCAUCGGUGAGAGUGUGGACAAGAAGCGCAUCAGCGAGUUGCUCGACUCUUGUUUGAUAUGCGACGCUGAGAUGAAAAAGUGGGAAAAAAUCAUGAAGCGCAAAACCUGGAGCCUGGAAAAGAAGAUAGAACAGCUUCAGGAGCUUUGGGAUGAUUCGUACUGGGCCGAAUGGAUCGAGUCUGAAAGCCAAGACUAUGACCACGGCGAAGGGCAUAGCCAUGAUCACAAUGGCCACCACUAAAGAUCUUAGUUCGCCAGCCGAAGGAUUGUGUCGAACAAUCUCAUUAAAUUGAGAGGAGCUUGCUCCGACACCCCUUGGUUUUCAAGUUGUCGUUCCAAGUAGCGUUCAGCAUGGCUCGCAAAGCUUCAAAGAGCAUAUUCUUUCACCGCACAAGAUUGAAUCGCCCUUGGUGAGCGUACAUACCUCCAUUGCAUUGGAAAUAGCAUAGCACGC